AUGAAUAUUCCUUUAGAUGUAAUUAAAAAUACUAAAAGAUUACCUAUUGAUUUUAUUAAGUUAUUAUUAGAUCAUUCUAAUUAUCAGGAUUCUGUUGAUAAGUUUAUAGAAGAGAAUAUAAUUACUGAGAAGAAAGAUGACUUUGUUAAUAAUAUUAAUGAAGAUGUAUUAGAAGAUAAGAUUGAAUCAUUAGAAACGAAUAAUGUAAAAGAGGAAGAUAAUUCAUAUAGUGAGGCUUAUGCUACUAACAACUCAAGUAGACAUGAAAACCUUUUAGAAGAGUCAUUCUCAGAUAAUAAUCAAAGCGAGUUGACUUCAAUCAGUGAUUGUAAGAAUUCUAAAUCAACUUCUAUUCAAUCUAUAAAGAAGAUCAAUUAA